UGCCCUCUUUCUCCAUGUAUGUAGCAAAGCACUCCCCCUAGCUAGUUCUUCUCUCGUGCUCCUCUCAGUACAGUUCAUUAACAAGAACAUGGGAGGUGUCUACAUUUUCAACGCAUCCAUCUCCUUCCUUCUCAUACUCUCCACUGCUCUUGCAAACGAUCAUAGCAGCAGCAACAACAUCCUUGCAAGAGGCUCCUCCAUCUCCACCAAGGACGACACCAGUAUCACCAUCCUCGUGUCGCCCAAUGGCGCCUUCGCCUGCGGCUUCUACAAGGUCGCCACCAACGCCUUCACGUUCUCCAUCUGGUUCUCCGGCUUGUCCACCGUCGCAUGGACGGCCAACCGCGACGCUCCAGUGAACGGGAAAGGGUCCAGCCUCACCUUCCACAAGGACGGGAGCUUGGUCCUUCGUGACUACAACGACAAGCCUGUCUGGAGCACCAACACAAGCAGUGCGGCCGGUGCCAGCCACGCGGAGCUUCUCGACACCGGCAACCUCGUCGUCAUAGACCCCGACGGCAGGCACCUCUGGAGGAGCUUCGACUCGCCAACCGACACACUUCUGCCGUUGCAGCCCAUGACUCGGGGUGCAAACCUGGUAUCUGCAUCUGCUAGGGGUUUACUUUCUUCCGGGCUCUUUACCUUUUUCUUUGACAGUGACAACGUGCUGAAGCUUAUCUACUAUGGCCCAGAGACCAGCAGCUUAUACUGGCCUGACCCUUACAAAACUUCGUUGGACAACGCUAGGGUUACUUACAACAGUACACGAUAUGGGGUUCUGGAUCAGAAGGGCAAGUUUCUAGCUAGCGAUGGGCUUAGCUUCGAAUCGUCUGAUCUUGGUCAUGACAUGGUCAUGAGGAGAUUGACUCUGGAUUACGACGGAAACCUUAGGCUGUAUAGCCUGGACGCAAGCAGCGGUAGUUGGUCGGUUUCUUGGAUGGCACUUCGUCAAGUUUGCGAUAUACAUGGCCUGUGUGGCCAAAACAGCUUCUGCACAAGCACACCAAAGCUCCCGUACUGUUCUUGUAUCCCAGGCUUCAAAAUGAAUGACCCUGGCGACUGGAGCAAGGGGUGUAGGCGCAACGUGAACUUAACAGCCAAAAGAGAAGGAGGCAAGGGGGCAACCAAAGAUUUCUCAUUCGUCAGACUCGACACAACUGACUUCUACGGGUAUGACGUUGAAAUCAUUAAUUCAGUGCCAGUAUUUGAUUGUAGAAAUAAAUGCUUGGACAGCGUAGAUUGCCAAGCUUUUGGUUACAAAAGGGGAUUAGGCUCGUGUUUCUUGAAGAUCUUUCUUUUCAAUGGCAAGAUGCUGCAAUCCUUUGAUAAUUUCAUCUAUGUGAAAGUUCCCAAAACCAACACAACGUUGCCUUCACAAGAAUUAGCUUCUGGACCAGCCCAUGUUUGCAAGCUUGCCGAGGAAGAGGCGUAUCCUUCAUCACAGCUGGUCCAAGGUGACACUUCCAAAUUCAAGUUUGGAUCAUUCCUCUCUUCUGCAUUGACACUGCUUGUUGUUGAAGUAGUUCUUAUCAUUGGCGGUUGUUGUGUUGUUUACAAAUGGGAAAAAACACCCGAGAUUACAGAUGAUGUAGGCUACAUGAUAAUUUCCAGCCAGUUUCGAAUGUUUAGCUACAAGGAGUUACAGAAAGCAACCAAUCAUUUCCAACAAGAGCUGGGCAGUGGAGGAUCAGGAGCAGUUUACAUGGGAGUCCUCGAUGAUGAAAGGAAGGUCGCAGUGAAGAAGCUAAAUGAUAUCAUCCAAGGAGACCAAGAAUUUAGGUCUGAGUUGAGUGUUAUAGGAAGAAUUUAUCAUUUGAAUCUGAUCACAAUCUGGGGAUUUUGUGCCGAGAAGAACCACAAGCUCUUGGUUUCCGAGUUCAUUGAAAAUGGUUCUUUAGACAGAAUUCUGUUUGAUCAUCAGGGCUUUUCUCCUGUGCUCCAAUGGCACCAAAGGUACAAUAUUGCACUUGGAGUAGCAAAAGGACUAGCCUAUCUCCACCAUGAGUGUCUUGAAUGGAUAGUGCACUGUGAUGUCAAACCAGAGAACAUAUUGUUAGAUAAAGACUUUGAGCCCAAGAUUGCAGAUUUUGGACUGGUGCAGCUACUGAAACGAGAAUCAAGCACACAAAUGUUGUCUAGGGUGCAUGGAACUAGGGGAUAUAUUGCACCAGAAUGGGCUCUAAAUCUUCCAAUCACUGGUAAGGCUGAUGUUUACAGCUAUGGAGUAGUGCUUCUUGAAUUAGUGAAGGGGAUCCGUGUCUCUGAAUGGGUGGUUGAGGGCCAGGAGGAGGUGGAAAUGGCUGUUAGAUGCUCUACUGAGAUUAUUAAGGAGAAGUUAGCAAACGAGGAUCAGUCAUGGCUUCUGGAGUUUGUUGACUACAAACUGCAUGGAGAUUUUAACCAUUCACAAGUUAUCAUGCUACUUAAGAUUGCAGUAUCAUGUGUGGAAGAGGAGCGCCGCAACAGACCAAGCAUGGGCCAUGUGGUGCAAACUUUGCAUGCACAGAUGGAAUAAUGUUCCCUACCAUAAUUACCAUCGUUACAAAGAGGUGAUAUUGUACUGUGUGACUGGUGUGAAAAUAAUUCAAUGUGAUCUUGCACAGAUAAGUAAAUAAAUUUU